AUGGAGACCAGAGUCGUGAUGGACGAGGGCAGAUAUGCGGCAGAACCCAUAGAUCUUAUCAACGGCAUCCGUCAACUCUACUCUCUGGCACUAGAGGCAGAGGAAAGAUGUCCCAGGCAAACGGAGGAAACCGAAGAGAUGCGUCAUGCAGCCAUGAAACUGAUACAGCAAAAAGCUCAGCACAUUGUUGACCUUACAAACAGAUUGAAUGACUUGCAGUAUCAUCCAGACAUUCUUGAUGAUGACGAAGCGACGCAAGCUAUAGUGAGUCUCAACCACAAACUGGACGUUUGGGUCAAGGGCACCUUCAGGAACCCAGAACUCCUUGAAAAUCUCCCACGGCUGAAACUGGUCCAUGUGCCGUACAGCCCACUGCCCCUGGAGACAACCGACAGCUCGCAGAGACCACAACAAAAUCCGGACACUGUGGAUAACCUGAUUUCCAUGGAGCUGGACAUUUUUGAGAAGUGCAUGUUCCCCUCCGGCAGCCCAGGUCAUGUGGCUGGCAACUGGCGCUUAGCAACCAGUAUGGCCAUCGAAUCUUUCAAUAGAGGAUAUUUGGAAGACACAGCCAUGCAUUGCAUGAAAGCAAUUGCGCAACUCAGCUCUUGUGCAUCGGCUAGUCCUGAAGUGAGAGAACAGAAGCUAUAUGGGCUUUUCCAAAGCUGCUUGCACUUCAAGCGCCGCCUUGGGCGACAGCCAACUCAAUAUAGAUUCUCGCAUGCCUCCUCGGGUGACGAAUUCAUAUCUGGGACAAUGCAAAGUCUGACAGGAGAAGAAGGACAAGGCGCUGUUGUGGAGUUCUGUCUGUGGCCUGUUUUAUGGAAGGGCGACGUUCUCCUCUACCCUGAGACGGUCUGGAGCAAGAUAGAUGAUACUUCCGUGGAGGACUCUAUCCCAGGAAGAGAAACAGCUCUCAUUUCUCAAUACGAGGCUGAUUUCCGUAGCCAGAUCCAGGGAUCCCCUCGCAUUCACUUGCAAACUCAUAAUAUCUUCGCGGUGUUUCUGUCCUCUCCUUGUCUUCUAAGAAGCAUGCGUUCUAUGGCUCUUUGGGUCUUGGAGCAAUUGACGCAUCUUCCCGUUCUGCUUCCCCUGCAUUCAGCAAGUGUUUUCUGCGUCGCAUCGGCAUCGCACUCACCAGUCUAUUAUUCACAGGAUAUGAAACCUUCAGGUCUGCCGAAUUACUUCUCUACUCAAAGCUUACCGCCAUUACCUCUGAGCGACCUGCAUGCUUGA